AUGACUCGUGCCGGUCCGCGAGCGCAGCUGCACUUCGACCCGAACGACCCAGCGUCCGCGGCAGCCAUCGUAAGCUGCGGUGGGAUCUGCCCAGGUCUGAACUCGGUGAUCCGCGAGAUCGUGCUGACUUUGUGGAACUAUGGGGUCCGGAAGAUCUACGGCAUCCGCGGCGGAUACAAGGGCGUGGUCGAGCCCGAGAAUUGGAUUCAGCUCACCCCCGAUCUCGUCAAGGACAUCCACCUCUCGGGCGGCACGAUGCUCAUCAGCGACCGGGGCAACCCUCCCCACAUCGAGAUGGCCAAGACGCUACAGAGCAUGAACGUCAGGCAGUACUUCGUCCUCGGUGGAGACGGCACCCACAAGGGCGCCAUGCAAACCUUCGACUGUUGCCUUGACAUAGACCACGAGUGCGCAGUCAUAGGCGUCCCCAAGACAAUCGACAACGACGUGCCGGUGUUCGACCAGACUUUCGGCUUUGACACCGCCUGCACCCAGGCGGUGAAGUGCGUGGAGUCGGCCUAUGUGGAGGCGCGCUGCAACGCAAACUGCAUUGGGCUUGUGAAGCUCAUGGGCCGGCAUUGUGGGUUCAUUGCCAUGAACGCUACGCUCGCCGCUCGCAGCGUGGAUAUCUGCCUCUUGCCCGAGAUGCAGAUCAGCCUCGAGAAGGUGCUCAAGCAUACACAGUAUCUGAUGGAGACUAAGGGGUACGCUGUCAUCGUGGUCGCAGAAGGGUGCGGCGAUACGCUCAUCCAGAGUGAGGGCGGCGAGUCGGUGGACCCCGGGCCGUGGCUGCGGGAUCGGAUCCUGGGAAGCUUCAAGGCGAAGAGCCGGCCCCUGACGAUCAAGUACAUCCGGGGACAUGCCGUCCACGGCGCCAUGGCGGGCUUCACGGCCAUCACCACCGUGAAGAGCUACGGCAAGUAUGUGUACCUCCCACUGGAGGCCGUGACGUCGUCCGAGAAGCGGGUGGAGACCCGAGGGCGCUGGUACGGCCGGAUGGUGCUCACCACCAAGCAGCCCAACUUCGAGCCCGACGGCUUCGAGUACCCACGGCGAGACCGCGGAGACAUCAGGCGGCUGACCGGGGCGGUCUCCCUCAGAGACGUCCUGCUGCCUGGCACGGAGGUGUCGCGCCUGGAGUGCGUGCACCUAGGUUACAAGUUCGAAUCCAAGAACGUCGAGAAUCCACUGAAGGCCCUGAUGGUGAGCCAGAGGCUGGAGAAGGUGUUCAUCAAGCCCUCUGCGACGUGGAGCCUGCAGGUGGUGCAGCGGAAAAACUCAGCGGAGACCGCUGGCCGAAGCUACCUGCAGAUGCUGCGCAGCGGCCCCCGUGAGUAUAUCCACUUUGACCCCAAGGAGCCUGGGUCCGUGGCCGCUAUCGUCACCUGCGGCGGGCUGUGUCCUGGCUUGAACUCGGUGAUCCGCGAGGUCGUGAAGUCGCUCCAUGAUUACGGCGUCGAGAAGGUCUAUGGUAUCAUCGGUGGGUUCAAAGGCUGCAUCGCUGACGACAAGUGGGUCGAGCUCACGGAGGAGUACGUGCAGAGUAUCCACAUGAAGGGCGGGAGCGUCCUGGUCAGCGACAGGGGUAAUCCACCGCAUUCGGAGAUCGCGCAGGUUCUGAGGCGGCGCAACGUGCGUCAGUACUUCGUGCUCGGUGGCGACGGCACUCACAAAGGUGCCAUGCAGAGUUUUGAGGCCAUGACCGAGAUAGGGCACGAGUGUGCUGUCGUGGGCGUCCCCAAAACGAUCGACAACGACAUCACCUUGCUUGACCAGACCUUUGGGUUUGAUACCGCGUGUACCGAGGCGCGUAAAGCGAUCGAGUCUGCUUAUACCGAGGCCACGACGAACGCGAAUUGCAUCGGUCUGGUAAAGUUGAUGGGGCGACACUGUGGCUGGAUCGCUUCCACCGCUACGAUUGCGGGGGCACGGUGGCGGAUUUGCCUCAUCCCAGAGAUGAGCAUCUCAAUGCCCAAGCUGUUAGACCACGUGACCAAGAUCAUGAAGAAGAAAAAGUAUGCUGUGAUUGUUGUGGCUGAGGGCUGUGGAGACACCAUCAUCGCUAGCGACGCUGGCACCGAUGCAGGCGGGAACAAACUGCUUGCCGACGUCGGCGUUUUUCUGAAGGAAGAGAUAACCAGCCAUUGCAAAAGAGAGGGCAUGCCGAUCACGAUCAAGUACAUCGACCCGACGUAUAUGAUCCGGUCGGUGCCCGCGAAUGCCUACGACUCGCUUUUCUGCUCCGUGCUGGCGCAGCAGGCGGUGCACGCCGCCAUGGCGGGGUACACGGGCAUCACGGUUGGAAAGGUGGACGAGCGGUAUGUUAUGUUGCCAGUCCACUCGAUUGUCGACAAGGGCGCUCGUGUGGUCAACAAGAGUGGUGCCACCUACGAGCGGCUUAUCACCACAACGGGUCAGCCCGAUUUUGCACCCUGA